AUGUCUAAGACCUACAUUUGCUCUGCUCAUCCUGGCUGCAACGCAACUUUUACCAGGUUCAUCGACUUCAAGAGACACGAGGCCGCAUAUUCAUUAGAUGGGUAUAUCUGCACUUGGCCCGGCUGCGACUUUGCGACAAAGAGGAAAGUCAGCUAUGAAGUCCAUUCUGCUAAGCAUACGGGCGAGCAACGCUACAUCUGUCCUCACGAUGAUUGUAACUACAAGACCCACGACCCCGCCGGCUUCACGCGCCACCGCCAGAAACAACAUGGGUAUGUUCCUCUGCGCCGCGGUCGUGGUGCCCCCUCCAUGAAAGGGUCAGGCGGGAUUCAACCGUCAUCCCAGCCCCCGGCACAGCCCCAGCCCCCGGCAAAGUCUCUUUCCCCCAAUACAUUCUCCCAAUACCAAUACCAACUCCAACUUCAAGCCACGCAACUGCAGCCCAUGCUACCGCAACCCAUGCUACCGCAGCCCAUGCUACCACAACCCCAACUGCAGCACAUGCUAUCUCAACCCAUGCUACCGCAACCCAUGCAACUGCAGCCCAUGUCGCAACCCAUGCUAUCCCAACCCAUGCAACUGCAACCCAUGCAACUGCAGUCCAUGUCACCGCAGCCCAUUCAACUGCAACCCAUUCAGUCGCAACCCAUGCCACCCCGGCCCAUGCCACCUCGGCCCAUGCAAUCUCAUCCCAUCGAACAUAAAUCCACUCAAUACCGACCCCCUCCACCUAUCUACGACUCAUCAUUGGGAGUCUUAUACGGCUCAACAGAUACCGCGGACGACUACACCAUGUAUACUCCACCUGCGAGGACCUCCAACGGGUGGACUGAGGGAUGCAUGUGUCCUGAAUUGAUGCAGAGACGCCCUUCGGAGAUGCUAGGGUAUGAAUAUUAGCCUUAUUAGUUUUCAUGAUCUUCAGACGUGAGGAAAUCAUUUGUGAUCUUUUUCUUUCCUUGUCGGUGAUGCUUUUCUUGUUUAUGUAUGGCCUCGGAUUCUGCAUCCUUAUACUUGUUUGUAUAUCUCAUUUAUCACUUCUUGGUGUCAAAGCAAUACAUUAUUUUAUCAAUGUAGCACGUUUCAAGUUGUAAUUGAAACAUUUGCC